AUGGCCGACCCGAAGGACGAAACACGCAAGGGAGUGCCCGACCUGGAUAGAAGACCGAACCCUCCCGGGUGGGUGCAGCCCAAGGCUCCUUACAACCCGUACGACCCGACUGACCUGCGGCCGGCAGAAGGGUACCCGAGCGAGUACAACGCCCCGUCGGCGAUGAAGCGGAACACGGGACAGCUUGCCCGAGACCUAACAGACUACCAGAAGAUCAAGAUUGACAUGAAGAAGCUGCAGUACUACCCCCGGCCGCCGUCGGAGCUCUAUCCUGGGCGAUACAAGGUGUUGCGGCGGGUGAACCACAAGAGUGGGUUCACGAGGGGGGCCGACUUGACGGCGAAGGUGAGCAUCUACGGGGUUCUCAUCUUUGGGGUGUUCUUCUAUCGGUGGAACGACCACGACAACAUCUUUUCGCCGUUCCGGCGGUUGCAGCUCCGGGCGAAGGAACUGCUGCUAGGCGAGCUCUCUGUGGACGACUACAACGAUCUCUACCACUACGACGCCGACCUGCCGAUUCCGCAGAAGCCACUUCCGUCGAGGAUGUACGAGAAGAAUGCCGAGCAGAACCUUGUCGGCGAGAGCGCCACGAACAACGAGUUCAUCAAGGACCGGUUCGGGAACAAGCACGUCGUCUACGCGGAGCACAUCAAGCAGAAGGAGGACGAGAACAUGGUCAAGGCCCUUGAGAUAGCGCAGCGAGAGAUCGAAUUGAAGCAGCUGGGCAGCAGCAGGGCCGGCGGCGACCCCGGCGCCGGCCAACAGAAGAAGCCGUUCUGGAAGGUGUGGUAG